AUGGCGCAACAGUUUCUUGCCGACCGCAAUGGCUGGCUGUCGUUUAGGAGUAGCACGCCUGUGCUGUACAUCACCGCCGAAGACACCGAGUUCGACAUGGAGACGAUGAAGGCAUGGCGCGACGAAGGCUUCAUUGUGGAAUACAUACCCUUCGGAAAAGGCGGGAAGCAAUAUGUGCAGACGCUUCAUAAACUAGGCGACAAGAUGGGCAUUGGGGAACGGUACGCCAUCGUAGCCUUCGGUGACGCUGCAGCCGUAUGUCUAGACGUUUUCUCGGAACCUAAAACUGCCACCUCGAAACUCUGCUCCCUAAUCGCUUACUACCCAACAUCCAUCCCCGAUACGCGACAUCGCUUUACAUCCUCUUUUCGUGUGCUCGUGCAUCUUGCUGAGGGAACAUCCGGCAACGAUAAUACCGUAGGCGUUACGCGUCGCCCAGAAGUCCUGGGUAUACAGGGCAAGCGGAAAACAGUGCAAAAGCGUGUUACACCUGGCAUAGGCGCAGGAGGCUUACAGGACAAAAUCUUGUAUCCUUGCUUUACGUACGAAGGUGUGGAUGCAGGGUUUGCAGAGCAUGAUCUGGAUGAGUACGAUGCCGUCGCUGAUGCGCUCGCCUGGAGUAGAAGUUUGAGUACAGUUCGUCGGGGUUUCAGUGCCGAAGUGGAUUUGGAGCGGGUACUGGAGGAGAACGAAGAACAAAAGUACCGUGGCAAAUCCGUCGAUAAACUCCUAGAAACCUACACUAAGAAGCCUACGCCUUACAUAAACUUCACACCAACCAUGACUGGUGGAAGCGGACUUCCGGACUUGAAGCGCUUUUACCGUGACUACUUCCUCAAAAUCUCUCCACCAUCGAUGCACAUGCGGCUCAUCUCGCGCACAGUGGGCGUCGACCAAAUCGUGGACGAACUCUACAUACAAUUCAAGCAUACCUGCCAGAUGCCAUGGAUUCUUCCUGGCGUUGCGCCCACAAACCAGAAAGUUGAGAUAGUGGUGGUGAGCAUUGUAGGCUUCAGAGCGGGCAAGAUAUGGUCCGAGAGGGUGUACUGGGACCAAGCUUCUGUGCUGUUCCAGGUCGGUCUUCUUGACCCUGAAGAGGUGCCAAAAGAGUUCAAGAAGACAGAUGACGAAGAUGGUGGACUGGAGAUGCUACCUGUUAGUGGAAGUGAGGCUGCCAGGAAAGUCAUGGAUGUGGAGAGUGAAGAGUUUAAUGAUAUGAUUGACGAUUGGUAG